UGUCGGACCUGGGAAAUUCUCUUGCUCCCAACCCCGAGGCGCAUUCCGGCGUCGCCGCAGUGCAUCCUGGGAGUGGUAGUUCCCGCGGCUCCGAGGGAGAAUGGCGGCAGGCGGGAGCAGGACGCAGAGAGAACUACAUGGAGGAGGCGGGGUGUAGGGCGAGGAAGCUACGCGACUAGCAGUGGCGAAGGCUGCUGUAUCGGCAGCAUGAAGCGGACCCCGACAGCCGAGGAACGAGAGCGCGAAGCUAAGAAACUGAGGCUUCUUGAAGAGCUUGAAGACACUUGGCUUCCUUAUCUGACCCCCAAAGAUGAUGAAUUCUAUCAGCAGUGGCAGCUGAAAUAUCCUAAACUAGUUCUCCGAGAAGCCGCCAGCGUCCCUGAGGAGCUCCAUAAAGAGGUUCAAGAAGCCUUUCUCACGCUGCACAAGCACGGCUGCUUAUUUCGGGACCUGGUGAGGAUCCAAGGCAAAGAUUUGCUCACUCCAGUCUCUCGCAUCCUCAUUGGUAACCCCGGCUGCACCUACAAGUACCUGAACACCAGGCUCUUCACGGUACCCUGGCCAGUGAAAGGCUCUGAUGCAAAGUACCACGAGGCCGAAGUAGCUGCCGCCUGUCAAACCUUCCUCAAGCUCAACGACUACCUGCAGGUAGAGACCAUCCAGGCUUUGGAAGAACUCGCUGCUAAGGAGAAAGCCAAUAUCGAUGCCGUGCCAGUGUGUAUAGGUCCGGAUUUCCCCAGGGUUGGCAUGGGGUCAUCCUUUGAUGGACAAGAUGAGAUAGACAUGAAGAACCGAGCAGCCUACAACGUAACUCUGUUGAAUUUCAUGGAUCCUCCGAAAAUGCCAUACCUGAAAGAGGAACCGUAUUUUGGCAUGGGGAAAAUGGCCGUGAGCUGGCAUCACGAUGAAAAUCUGGUGGACAGGUCAGCGGUGGCAGUGUACAGUUAUAGCUGUGAAGACCCUGAAGAGGAAAGUGAGGAUGACCCUCAACUCGAAGGCAGAGAUCCUGAUAUUUGGCACGUUGGUUUUAAGAUCUCAUGGGACAUAGAGACACCUGGUUUGGCGAUACCCCUUCACCAAGGAGACUGCUACUUUAUGCUUGAUGAUCUCAAUGCCACCCACCAACACUGUGUUUUGGCUGGUUUACCACCUCGGUUUAGUUCCACCCACCGAGUGGCAGAGUGCGCAACGGGGACCUUGGAUUACAUCUUACAGCGCUGCCAGUUGGCCCUGCAGAAUAUCCGUGAUGAGGCGGACAAUGGUGAGGUCUCUUUGAAAUCCUUGGAGCCAGUGGUUUUGAAACACGGAGAAGAAAUCCACAACGAGGUCGAGUUUGAGUGGCUGAGACAGUUUUGGUUUCAAGGCAAUCGAUACAAAAGGUGCACCGAUUGGUGGUGUCAACCUAUGACUCAGCUGGAAGAGCUGUGGAAGAAGAUGGAAGGCCUGACAAAUGCUGUGCUUCGGGAAGUUAGAAGAGAGGGGACCCCUGUAGAACAAAGGAAUGAGAUCUUGACGGCCAUCCUUGCCACACUCACCGCUCGCCAGAACCUGAGGAGGGAAUGGCAUGCCAGGUGCCAGUCCCGAAUUGCCCGAACUCUACCCGCGGAUCAGAAGCCAGAGUGCCGGCCGUAUUGGGAAAAGGAUGAUCCUUCGAUGCCUCUGCCGUUUGAUCUCACAGAUAUCAUUUCCGAACUCAGGGGUCUGCUUCUGGAAGCCAGACCCUAGAGAAGGAGCACAAGUCUUAGCUGGAGGAGGAAAGGCUGUCUUUGACUUCUCUCCUCCAACCUUGUCAUGGGCUUAGGCAAGGGGAUUAUGGGUAGACUGGGCCUUGGGAUUGUAGACCCUGGGUCCCAGUUGGAAACAGCUAGGGAAUGGAGCCCAUGAAUAUUAAAAUGUUUAAAAGUGACACAGCGUUAUAGUGAUUUGGUAUUAAACAAGAACCUCCAACCCCCAA